UCUCUCUGGCUGGCUGGCGCGGCCCCUCGCGUGCAGUGCUCAGUGGGAGCGCGAGACGGACGGGUUCAUUCGCUGCCUACGAAGGAGGAGAGGAUGCCUUCGGAUUUGAUGGGAGCCGCCGACGAACUGGCAGACCAGUUCCUGCGUGUCACAAAGCGUUAUCUCCCUCACAUCGCUCACCUCUGUCUGAUCAGCACUUUUCUCGAGGAUGGCAUUCGCAUGUGGCUACAGUGGAAUGAGCAACGGGAUUACAUCAACAUGUCCUGGAAUUGUGGGAUGUUCAUGGCAACGCUGUUUGUGAUCUUUAAUAUGUGUGGCCAGAUUGUUGGCUGCGUUCUGGUCCUAACAAGGAAAUAUGUCUCUUACGCAUGUUUUGGACUCUUUGGGAUCGUCUUCAUGCAGACUGUUGUAUACAACAUCCUGUGGGACGUGAAGUUCCUUAUGAGGAAUUUGGCUCUAGGUGGUGGUCUCCUGCUGCUUUUGGCAGAGUCUCGCUCUGAUGGGAAGUCAAUGUUCGCUGGAGUCCCUACUGUGGGUGGCAAUUCGCCACGUCAAUACAUGCAGCUUGGAGGACGCAUUCUACUCAUCCUAAUGUUUAUGACACUGAUCCGCUUCAACACAGAUCCUUUCACUAUUUUCCAGGACAUCUUCGGCCUGGCUUUGAUGCUCUUGGUAACUGUGGGAUUCAAAACCAAGCUUGCAGCUCUAACAUUAUUCCUGUGGCUGCUGAUCAUAAACUUGGUCCAGAAUGCUUUCUGGCAGAUACCUUCUUACCGCCCUCUUCAUGAUUUCUUGAAGUAUGACUUCUUCCAGACCCUCUCUGUCAUGGGAGGCUUGCUGCUUGUUGUAGCACUAGGGCCUGGAGGUGUAUCUAUGGAUGAGCAUAAGAAGAAAUGGUGAUCGUCCCAGCCUCUUCACUCAGGACAUUUUAUACAUCACCGCACCAAGCAAUGCCCGCUUGACGAGGUUCAUAAAAAAGGCUUGAUGCUGGUCUGCACAUGGUUGGCCGUUUGGUUCAAGCCUGUCUGUUGUUGGAAUGUCCCAUUGAAGAAACAGUGGGGAGGGAAUGGGUGCACUCAGAACCCACACUUUAUAUAAUCCAGACACUUUAAAAAUAUGUUUUUAUUUUUUUUUGUAUGCUACACAUAAAGUUAGUAAGAUCAUUCUGCACUUGUUAUUGGCAGGUAACGGGUUCAGAAAUAUCACUUCUUUGGUAAAAAAAUAUCUUAGAGGUUAGAUGUCCACAAAGAAACAUGAAAGAACACGAUAAACCGUUUUUGGGCUGUGUCUUCCUUAGCUGAAUUCAAUCUGCCAGUAUUAACGUAACCCCUUUACCAAAAACGCCUGUGACCGGGGCACACAACCUUCAAGCUCAGAUCUUCAGGAAAUAGAUUGACCAAACUGGAAAAUGUGCAAAUCAUGGCCAAAGGAUCAAUGCAGAUAGAAACUAGGUAUGAAUGUGAGGAUUCUUUUUAAGAAAAAAAAAAAAGUGAUAACGGUGAUCAUGAUUGCGUCUAUUGAACUCUUUUCCAUGAUUAUUAAAACAUAUUGCAUUCAUAUUUGUGCUUUACAAAUACUGUACAAUAUCAUUCACACACACACCGGUUUCUGUUGAGCUGAAACACAAGCAAUAAUUAGUUCAAACCUU